GCUCAUGGGUCGGGUUACGGUAUCGGUACGAGUGUCGCCUCUGCCGCAUCACAGCGUGAAGCAGCAGGACUAUUAGAUAAGGUCUUAGCACCUGCUCCAAUCCUGCCACGAUUUUCCUCGCCGGUAGCAACAUCGACACCGAACAGUGACUAUCAUUCCCGAACAACCCCCGUGUUCAAGAGUUACAAAUUCGCACAAAAACUCAGUCAACGACCGAGAUUAAGGAUACGACGGCCUGGAGAGAAAGCCAUAGCAGAAAACUCCAUCCAGGAAGAUCCGAAUCUUACGCCAUUCCAAAACUCAGCACGGAAUCGUUUCGGAUACGCACGGACAAUCAAACCACCAUCCACGACCGAGCCGGUAACGACUACAACCACAGAAGCCACAACUACCACAAGUGUCAUGACUACUCCCGAGUUAGAAACAACAGACGCAUCUGAAGACGAAAGUGGAGACUCAGGUAGGUUAACUUGUUAA